AUGCCGCCGAAGGCCGAUCCGAAGAAGAAGCCCGUCGAUCCGCGAAGCAAAUCUGCCGACAGUCGAUGGAAUGCGGUCGGCAAAAACCUAACAAAUGCCGUCUCGAAAAGUCUUCCCACUAUGAAUCGAAAGGGUGCAGUAAACGGGUCCGUUACAAAAGUUAAUGCCACUACCGGUGAAAAGAAGAAGCGACGAAGAAAGAAGAAGCCUGAAGAGCAGCAGUUCGUGCAACCUGAACCACCAAAGCCAAAAAUCGUCAUUACCAAAGAGGACAAGCGCAACAAAACUCUCUGGAGGCACAUCAUUUGGCUGAUUGUUCUGUUCGCCUAUUCGCUUCUCGGCGGUCUCAUCUUCAGCGCCAUUGAAGGCGGCAACGACCGCUCCUAUCUCGUCGUGGAGUAUGAGAAGAACAUGGACGUUUUCAAAAGACGUCGACUCUAUCAAGAGCAGCUAUUCAGAAGAUUUCGAGACAUAGACUCGGACAAAUCAAUUAGCAACAACCGUCGUGGUGCGACUCUUGAGAACUACAAGCUGCAGCUGGCGCGGCAUGCACUCGCUUGGUAUGAGCGCAAGCUUGGUGUUGUCGUCGAAGAACCGAUGAUGAUGGAGAGUAAAUGGACGCUAUGGGGAGGCGUAUACUAUGCAGCUAGUCUCUACACUACAAUAGAAGUCUUACAACGUCAAGUCGAAAAGCGGUAUCUGAGAGAGAGAAUUCGCCGUGUCGGCAGCGAACUGUCGCUGCACAGUAUGUCCACCGUGCCACUGUUGAGCGUGCACCGAACAACCAGCAACAUGGUCAAUACCACAGAUCAUCAGGUCGGCAUCAGUAUAAAGAUUGGUGAGAUUUUGAAAAAAAAUGCGUAUGGAUCAGAACUGAAUGCGGAGGGGAAAUCGAAUCGAACAAGCCGCUUGGUGAAACUCGACGUUGUGCUACCCGAAGAAGAACAGGCUGAAACGGUGCCCAUGAAAGCUGCACUGAUUUUCUUCUUUUUGUGGAUAGCUCCUGUCAGCAUUCAUAGUCAGAUUAUGGGAAUACGAAUGGUCCUAUUUCAGUGCUUUCUACUUCUUUUCACUGUUCGCUUCCAGCAUCACCAUAGACUCGGUGAUGUUGUCACGAAAACUCCGAACUUCAUCAUCUUCAAUCUAGCACUGACUUUGGUUGGGCUAUCAGUUGUGGGACUGUGCUUAGCAAUUGUGCAGGCGAAGGUUCGUCUGGUUUUUGAUCGACUGAUUCGCUCAAUUGAUUCGCAAUAUCGAAUACGACAAAUCGAUCCGGAUGUCGCCACAAUGACAUUGAUUCCUGACGAGAAAGAAGGCAUCAAGCGGCUUAUUGGCGCUCAACCGCUUCAGGAUCGAAUCGUGUUCAUUUUCAUGGACGAACACAAAAAGUGCAUGCUUAGAGAACGGUGGAAAUUACGCAGUGGAAUGGUUAAUCGCAUCACACAAACCUAUCCGUCCAGAGCAGAUAAAUAUGUGCAAACAGGAAAUCGUGUCUACGACCAGCCAGGACAAAUUGGUAGCGCAGAAGAGGAGGACGAAGAGGACUGGGAUGAGGAAGAAGAAGGUGACGAAGACGAGGAGGACGUCGAAUACGAUGAGGCUGGCAAUCGUAUUGUCCCUCCAAGCACAAAAAGAUAUAUCUACACAGUUUUUGAUUAG